UAGGCGCCCGCAGUGAAGACUCCUGGCCGAACUCCCGUUAUAAUGAACACCACACUUGUUGUCUUGUGCGGGCAGUGCGCCGACCGCACGCCCUUCCAUACGCGCGAAUGUGUCAUACCACAUUCAAACAAUUUCGAAUAUAAGAAGUGUGCCACUGAAUUUAAUUAUCAUUAUUGCCGGUGCAAUUGUUAUUAAUUAAUAUUUAAAAUGUGCUCAAAGAAUUUAUUAAUAUAUUUGCAAUUGGCUAUAUUGGCCGGGUUCGUGUCCGCUGAUUGCGGGCCAAGAUUAAAAUACGCCUGGGGCGACGCUCUACAAGGCACAGAAUGUCCGGGACCGGACGGCUCUCCUUAUCCAAGGCACCUGGUAAACCGAGCAUUAAAAUCCGGAGCAUGGGGCCAAUCUUCGCGUCAAGCAAGAAACAUCCGGACGGUGGACCCAACUAUCAUGCGACGAGCGUUGCUUGACGCGCACGUUGGGUAUUCAGAGGGAUUGAGGACGCAGAAUAGCAGUAGAACUGGUCGCGCCAGCAACCUGCCCGGUCUAUCCCCGGCCAACACCAACUCGUGCGGUGGCGGGCGCCUGUGCCGGACGCGGUACAACACUACUGCACCCAUGUACGGAGUCUCACUGACGUCCGGACAGCCGGUCACUAUUGUACAAAAGUUCCCGGAUUUGCUGCAGCAAGUCGUUUUUGAAGUUUGCGAAUCCAGCGAAUGCUCAGUCAUCCGUGGUUCGUGCACACAAACCUACGUGCCCUACUUGUUCCUAGUAUUGCCGCUAGGGCCCGUCACAUUGACAGGACAAGACUACGUACUGGUGGAAUCCGGGUGUGUGUGUCGGCCGGAUCCUUGAAUCACGUUCCUGUAGUGUUAUACUCUGGCAAACCACUGUCAGUGGGAAAAGCGUGAAAUAAUAUUUUACUAUUGUUUGACGAUCAUUGGCUUCGUGUUGAAUUUUUUUAAUUUUCCUCGUUUUUUCUACUGACGGAAAUAGCCUGCCAAACUAUAAUCGUGUGACCCACUAUAUCGGUAGAAAAAGGUGCGAGAUUCAAAUUCAUCCGCCUUUUUUUACCGACGAAAUGGCUUACCAAACUUUAAAACAUGGAUUAUUAAAGCUUUUAAUUGUCAGAAACACAAACAGUCAAAGUGGUUUAGGUGUUUUUUGGUGGAGUGGAUGAAUUGAUGGCAUGUGUUUUCUUGAACGAUUGUAGCUUCCUCUGCCUUA